AUGUGGCUCCUGUAUAGCUAUGCUGCCUAUGGCUAUAUGCGCCAGCUGAUAUUAGCCAGCAAUUGGGUCAAACACUAUCUUAAAACACAGCGAAGCAAUAGCAGGUGUUUCCGCAAGGCUGUUUUUUAUCUGCUCAUCAUCACGAAACUGUAUGUAAAUAAAACGGUUGUUGGCGUAACGCUGGUUAUUUCAUAUGUGAUCAUGACGCGUGUCACGUUGGUCAUAUUCGGCAAAUUUUCUCCCGUUAAAGAAAAAACUAAAUGUGUUUCCUUUCUUUCAACCAGGACAAUGAACGGGUCUACAGUUCUUACUGAAGUUUGGUUAAAAACAUCCACAAGCACUGUAUCUUCGCAACAGCAAACUGUAUUUCCGAAAGGUCCAAUUUGGAUUGCCACAACAGUAUUAUUGGUCAUUAUUUUGAUUGCAACCGUCCUGGGAAAUACACUUGUGUUGGCAACAACUUGGCUGGACAAACGUCUCCAUCAGCCAAAUAAAUAUUUCAUUGCCUCUCUUGCUGUUGCUGACCUCUUUGUCGGCGUUCUUAGCGCUCCUAUUCGCCUGCACAUGCAACUUUUCCAGGCGAAACUGCAUCCAAUCGGGCUUUGUCGGGUUUGGACUUGGUUUGAUUGCUUCUGUGAAAUGGCUUCCAUUUUAACAUUAAUGGUGAUAAGCGCAGAUCGCUAUUCUAAAAUCAGCCAGCCAUUCAAAUACAGAAUUCGAAUGAAUACGUCAAAAUCUGUAAUUGUGAUUGCAAAUAUUUGGUUUAUCUCGACAGUAUCGGCUACAUUUAGUUUGUCUUCGUUUGGUGAAAGUGCCGGCAUAAUGUCGGUGGCUGGUCGUGGAUGUGUUAACGACAACAAAAUGUACUAUACCAUCAUUUCCAUCCUUUUUUUCUUCGUUCCAUCGGUGAUUAUAAUCCUCAUGUAUGCCCUUAUCUUUUACAUUGCACACCGAAGGCAGAAUAUGAACAGACGAGGGGAAUUAGGACAGUCAUUUGCGGGUACGAAGAAUGAUAAAAAGAAUAAAGAGCUCCGGCAAGAGUUGAAGACGAUUCGUAUGUUGGCUUUGGUCGUGUGCACUUUCAUCGUCUGCUGGGCUCCAAGUUUCGUUCUAUUAUUGAUAAAUUUUUACAAGCCCGAAUACCUCAUCCCGUUAACUUUGCAUGAGCAACAGAUAAUCGGCAGUUUGUUCAUUACCAUUCUUCCGUAUUUCAAUAGUAUGUGCAAUCCAUUGAUCUAUGCCUGUUUUGAUCGCGAGUAUAGCAACGCUUUUAAACAUCUUCUUCAAAGAUACAACUUGUGCAGACGUCUUACCAGGCAAAACACAGAAACAAGUCUAAGCUCUGCCACUCGCAGAACGUACAUUAGAGAAAGUACCCGCGGUACUCGAAACUCGUCUUCUUCUCGGCUGAUGAUUGAACUAGCGAAGAAUGCACCAGACAGUCCGUCUUGAUAAUCGUUUCAUGUAUCAUUACAAUCAGUCCCAGGAUCAAACUCAGUGGCGUAGCGCACGGUAGGUAGGAAUAAGAGGAAAACUAAUGGUCUCCGGCUCCAAAGACUAGUGCACCCCCAUUGGUAUAGUAAAGGACAGAUAAAGAAACAUAAUUUUAAUUAAUAUGAGUAAACAAUGACUGCAAACAAACAGGUUCCACAGAAUACCAAAUUUGUACCUAAAGGCCCCAUAUUCGUCCGUUACGCCACUGGCUUGACUUUCAGUUUGUCAGGAUUCAGGAUCACCCCUGUGGUUGCCAUGGCUUCAUUUAGUGGGUUCCUACUUCCUAGGUUCUUAGGAGAAGGCAACGGAGAGAUAUCUUUAAUUCAAAGAUGACCAAUUGUGAUGUAGAUAUUAAAAGGCAAUCUUUUUAUAAUUAUAGUUGAUAAGUUACUGCACUAGGUUAAUAUUCCAGAAUCCAGAGAGUCGCAACCAGGAGGUCACUUCUGCUUCAGACGACACAUGAUUUUGCCUGAAGACACGAGUUAAAUGUAACUUAACUUUAUUAAAAAUAAUUGAAUCU